CGAGGGGUCCUAUGAAGCUUUUUUCAGCCUUCAUGUUCACGUGCAUAUGUUGCGUCCAAAAAGUCAUUCGUUCUCCUAUCGCCACUUCCCACGGGCCCAUCACACCAAAACCCUCCAAUAAAUUGCCAUCACAACCCGUGUGCACCCAAACCAAACCGCCCUCACGCAAUCACUCCCUUCCUUCCACUUCGAGCAAGCAGAUCCACCGCCCCCAAUUCCCGACUCCCACCCCAUCUCCGUCCGUCCAUGGCGCGGGGACGCCUCCUCCUGCUCGCCCUCCCCGCGGCGCUUUGGUCGGCGGGUGGGGCCCCAUCCCGGACGUGAAGGACGCGCACAUCCAGGAGCUGGGCGGGUGGGCGGUGGAGCAGCACGCGAGCCUGGCCAGCGACGGGCUGCGGUUCCGCCGGGUCACGCGCGGCGAGCAGCAGGUCGUCUCCGGCAUGAACUACCGCCUCUUCGUCGACGCCGCCGACGGCUCCGGCAGGAGCGCGCCCUACGUCGCCGAGGUCUACGAGCAGUCCUGGACCAACACCCGCCAGCUCAGGUCCUUCAAGCCGGCGGCCAACUGACGCCGAUCCGUUCCGUCCAUCUGCAGCCGCCUCCGCUCGCUCCGGUCAUUCUCGUCCGCUCGCCCCUUUGAAUGAAGCGCUAAUAAAUCAGUACUGCUACUACUACUUCUAUAAGUGUCGUGUGGUUUGAUCGUGAUACAAGACAGUUCACCCUGACUGCUCCGGAGUAGGAUAUAUGCUAGCGUAUUACUGUCAAAUAAAACUGUGAGUUCUCCAA